AUGACGGCGGGGCCUGCUGGCGGGCUUGUCGAUGGCGGCGUGGCCGUGCUACUUGCGGCACUCCCCAUUUUCACGGUUCUGCUGGCGGCAUGGGUGCUGGGCGUGUCUAUGGCGGCCUGGCUGUGCUACCAACGGCACUCCUCGUACGAGAUUCAUUUUUACCUUUCACACAGCAUCGAAAUUCUCUCUCUACUGCUCUGCGCUGCCACAGGCCCCAUCUUCGCGGUUCUGAUGACGGCAUGGGUGCUGGCGGGGUCGUCGAUGGCGGCGUGGCUGUGCUACUCGCGGCACGCGUCGUACGAGAGCGAGCGGUGGCAGGACCUCGACACGUGGUGCUACGAACGCGCCAAGCUCUUCGAGCAGCACACACUCACCACCGUCAGCCAGAUCCGUACCUUUGCAGGCCUGGCGUCCGUGAUGGGAAGACCCAAGGAGCACAGCAAGUGGGCGUGGGAUAAGUGUUUCACGCAGCAGCGAUGGGACGAGUACAUCAACAGGACGGGGUACUCUCGGCCAGGCAACACCGGAGGAGCCAUCUGCCUCUUUGUCACCGACAAGGGGAGGCCUGCGUUUGAGCGGCAGUAUGGCGGGCCGAUAGUGGACAUGGCAGGGCAGCCGCAACAGCGACAGCCGCUCUACUGCCCCAAGUUGCUGGACAUCCAUUACUACCGCGGCUCCAUCCCGCUUAUGGACAUCGUGCAUCGCCUGCCUCAGGAGAUGCCUCUCGUGAAGCGCACGGGGGACGUGGUUUUUGGUUUUGUCGUGCCCGUCGGAAACCUCUCCUUCAACCUCACUGGCUUUCCCGUUGUGUUCCCCAUCUUCCAGCAUCCGCUCUCGCGGACCACAAUCGGGCACGAGCCGGGAGAGGCAGUGACGGGGGCAGCGGGCGCGGUGGUGGAUCUCGUGUCCAUCAUUCGCAACGUGCUGGAGAAUGUGUUUAGCCCAGGAGCAACGCGCCUUCGUUCCUCUCGACCUGCUGGGCGGCCGCCUUCGCCAGUACCAGGUCUGGUGCCGGUGAGUGCGGUGCUAAGGAGUUGUUGGCCCAGCCUGCUACAGAUCGGCUACACCCAACCGACCAACGCAUGGCAGUCAUGGGGCGUGCCCAUCCUCUGGGCUCUACUCGCCCUCGUGCUCACAGCACUGGUCGCAGCAGUCGCAUGGCAGCAACGAGUGGGAUACCUGCACAGCCAAGAAUUAUUGGCAAAAGCAGACGUAGUCCGAGAGAGUGCGCUAGCAGCGGAGCGGUCCAAGAGCAUGUUCGUGGCGUCGAUGUCUCACGAGCUGCGCACGCCCAUGAUCGGCAUCAUGGGGUUGUUAGAUGCCCUGGCAGACAUGGGGCUGAGUGGGGCUCAAAUAACGGAUGUGGGGGAGGCGAGGGUAGCAGCGGAGGACACGGUGCGGCUGGUGAACCGCGGGCUUGAUCUGUCCAAGCUGGAGGCCCGCAAGAUGGGGCUUUGCUGCGCGCCCUUGGACCUGCGCGCUUGGAUGGAGCGAAUAGUGAGGGAGAGCUACUGGAGGGCUCGCCAGCAGGGGAUCGAAUUGGUGGGAGUGGUGGAUGUGAACGUGCCUGUGGAGUUGGAGGUUGACGCCAUGCGACUCACACAGGCUUUCCAGGAGCUGAUAGACAAUGCGCUUCACCACACCGCGGAGGGCCAUGUGCUGCUGCGCGUGGCUGUGUGCCCUGCCUCCACGCCUCUAGAGGACGCCCUCCUCCAUAUCAGUCAGUGCUCUCUCCUUCCUCUAGUUUUCCCUCCCUCUCUUGUGCUUCCUCCUCUCGUGGGUCCUCUCAACCCUACCCCCUCUCCUGAGGCACCUCAAAGCCACGUGCUGCUGCGUGUGGCUGUGUGGCCUGCCUCCACACCUCUAGAGGACGCCCUCCUCCAUAUUAACGCAUCAGGUGCACCGAUCCAGCCGUGCCCUCCUCCCAGCCCCUCUUUCUUCGCCCGUGCUACUGACGUCUCAAAAGGCCUCCCCACCCUUGUUGCUCCCUCCCUCUUUCACCCAUGUUUCUCCAUUUUCUCUCCUUCAGACGCAUCAGGUGCACCGAUCCAGCAGUGCCCUCCUCCUAGCCCCUCUUUCUUCGCCCGAGCCACUCACUUUGCCUCCAUCAUUGCAACACGCUUCUCGCAUGCUCUCUCAAAGCCUUGGAGUAAACCAGAUGCAGCAGCACAGAGUGAAGCGAUUGAAGGGCGAGCGGUGGUAGGAGGAACGGAAGAAGCAGCAGGGGAAACGUCGGGGGAAAGUGGGCAAGUGAGGGAGGGAGUUGGAGGGGAGGGGGGAAGUGAGGGGUCUGAAGAUGGUAGUGGAUGGAGCGGGGGUGGGGAGGUGGAGGGCGUGCAGAUGGCAUGUGGGGAUUCUCAGGAGUCUCUUGCAGCAGGGGGUGGGGAGCGCAUGCAGCUGGUGGUGGUGUGUGAGGAUACGGGCACUGCCAAGGAAGGAGGAGGGCAUACUGUGUCCUCUGGCAUUUCUCCUGCUGCUGGCUCACUGAUCUACUUGCUGCUUCUACGUGCCUGCCUGCUUGGCUAUGUUCGAUUAAUGCAGGGGCGGACAGAGAGUGGAGGGGCGGGGCUGGGUCUGGCUCUCACGCACCAACUGGUGACCCUCAUGGGGGGGCAUGUGGCCUACCUGUCUCAUCCCGGCAUCGGCUCAACCUUCGCCUUCUCCCUCCCCUUCUCCCUCCCCUUCUCCCUCCCCUUCUCCCCGCCCCCCUCGCCCCCCUCGCCCCCCGUCACUCCCACUGCCAUUACUCGCCCCUCCUUUCCUCCCCAUCGUGUUACUCACCCUUGCGCUUCUGACAUCCUCGGAACUCAUACUGCUUGUCCUCUCUCGCAAGAGGAUGCGGGAGGAGGGGAGGGGGGAGAGGAGAGAGAGGAGGAUGCGAUCAGGCCGGAGGAUAUGUGGGGAUGUGCUGCAAUGCUGCGACAUAGGGGCGCACUGUAUUGCCGCAGCAGGGGGGAUGGGGAGCGUUCCAGGGCUGUGGGACAAGAGCAGGGAGAGGGGCGGACAUGGGAGAGGGAGGAGGGGGAGGAGGGGGAAGAGGAUGAGAAUGAUGCCGAGGAGUUGUGGAGAUGUGGGGCCAUUCUGGGGCGCAGGAGCGGACUGAAUCGCAGAGGCACGGGGGACAUGAGGCAUUCAAGAAGCACACUGGGCUGUAGCAGCAGGGGAGGAGUGGGGAAUUCAGCGGCAGAGACACGCGGGCAGGUUGAGAGGCGGAAAUGGGAGAGGGAGGAGGGGGUGGGGUGUAUGAGGGGCUUGGAGGGAGUGGCUGUUGGCGUAACGGGGCGCGACCCGGGCAGGAGAGAGAUUGGAGAGGGAGGACGGGAUGGGGUAUCUGCUGGGCUGGGCUUGGAGGGAGUGGCUGUUGGCAUAGCGGGGCGCGACCCGUACAGGAGAGAGGGAGCGGUUUUCUUGCGUAGCGGGGCGGGGAGUGAGAUGUACGGGAGGGAGGUGAGUAGAUGGUGGGUGUGUGGGCGGACUCCACACUGUGGAGCUCACAGCGAGAAUCCUAUCAGGACUCGGCGCACGCACACGUGCACGUACUGCCACACCCAACAACAGACGCUCUUGAGACUUCUCAAGCCCGACUCACAGCUGGAGACCCAUCAGCAGGACUUGAUGCCCACGUGCAUUUGCUGCCGGACUUGUGCAAACCAGGAGCCUCAGAAAUCGGUUCCGAAGACAGUGCCUUUGGGGGAGACAGUGGGGAGCAGUCACGGGGAUUCCAAAGGAGAACGAAAUGGGGAAGAUUCAUAUCUGUCUCUGCACUCUCUCAACACAAGUCAUGUGGGGGACACGGUGGGGAGCAGCAGCAGGGAGUCAGGAGGCGAGGCUAGUGGGAGGAAGUUAUUAUCAUCUCCCUGCCAGUCCCCCUCCGCGGGUCAUGUGGGGAGGAUGGUGGAGAGCGGUAACGGGGAGUUUGGAGGGUGGGUGAUGAGGUGGUUCAGUGGGAAGAGGAGGGCGGGAGAAGAAGGGGAGGGGAGAUCGGGAACAGAGGAAGAGGAGAUGAGGGAGAGUCGGCCUUGGGUGGUGGUGGUGGAGGAGGAGGAUCUGUGGAGGGUGCAGAGUGAGGGAGGAGGGGAUGUAUCUUGUAACGGUGCAUGGAGGAGGGGAGGGGGGGAAGUAGCUUGUGAGGCUGCAGGCUGCAGGGGGGGAAGAUCUAUGGAGGCAGCAGCAUGGCAGGCAGGUGUGCGGGCGUGGGGCAAGAGAGGGCCUGUGGUGGCGCUGGUGCCAGCAGGGGGAGGCAGCAGGGAGGCAGCAGUGUGGCAUGCAGGUGUGCGGGCGGUGAGAGGGAUGGAAGGGAUGGGGUGUGAUGCUCUGGUGGUGGGGGCGGUCGUUCUGACAGACUGCUGUGGUGGAGAGGUGAUGGGGGAUGGGGACGAGGGGGAGGAUGCAGAAGAGGAAGAGGACGAGGAAGAGGAGGAGGAGCAGUGGGAGGAGAAGAGUGAGGAAAAGGAGGAGGAGGGGGACGAAAGAGAAGAGGAGGAGGAGGUGGAGGGGGAUGAGAGGAGCGACAAAGAGAGGAAAGAGCUGCAAGAGUCGGCCUCUGUUGCCAUCAGGUGGGCCUCUGUUGCCAUCAGGUGGGCCUCUGUUGCCAUCAGAGGUGUUGGCAACGAGCUUGGGUGCAGAGGUGUUGGCAACGAGCUUGGGUGCAGAGGUGUUGGCAACGAGCUUGGGUGCAGAGGUGUUGGCAACGAGCUUGGGUGCAGAGGUGUUGGCAACGAGCUUGGGUGCAGAGGUGUUGGCAACGAGCUUGGGUGCAGAGGUGUUGGCAACGAGCUUGGGUGCAGAGGUGUUGGCAACGAGCUUGGGUGCAGAGGUGUUGGCAACGAGCUUGGGUGCAGAGGUGUUGGCAACGAGCUUGGGUGCAGAGGUGUUGGCAACGAGCUUGGGUGCAGAGGUGUUGGCAACGAGCUUGGGUGCAGAGGUGUUGGCAACGAGCUUGGGUGCAGAGGUGUUGGCAACGAGCUAGGGUGCAGAGGUGUUGGCAACGAGCUUGGGUGCAGAGGUGUUGGCAACGAGCUUGGGUGCAGAGGUGUUGGCAACGAGCUUGGGUGCAGAGGUGUUGGCAACGAGCUUGGGUGCAGAGGUGUUGGCAACGAGCUUGGGUGCAGAGGUGUUGGCAACGAGCUUGGGUGCAGAGGUGUUGGCAACGAGCUUGGGUCGCUGCCGGGAAAGGGGUUGAGUGCGGUGCAGCAAGGUGCGGGGGUGCUUGGGGGGGUGCGCGUGCUGGUGGUGGACGAUGCGGCUGUGAAUCUGCUGGUGGCGCGCCGCACUCUCACUCGCAGCGGCGCCACCGUCGCCACCGCAGCCAGCGGGGAGGAGGCGCUGCGGCAAGUCAAGCUCGCCCUGGGCCUGGGGGGCAGCGCACACCCUGUGGAGCCUGGCUUGGGAGGCGCUGCAGAGGCGGUGGAGGGGCAUGUGCAUGUGGUUCUCAUGGACCUGCAGAUGCCCCUCAUGGACGGGUUCGCAGCCACAGAGGCCAUACGGCACACGAACAACUACUAUCCAUCUCAGACCUCCUGUCUCUCCUCUCCCAUGCCUCUGCCCGUUCCUCGCUGCAAUCCCCCACAGGUUCGCAGCCACAGAGGCCAUACGAGCACACGAGCAAGCGCUGCUGCUUCAUCUGAGUGGACUCAAAAGCACUCUCCACUCCCAUGCCUCUGCCCGUUCCUCGCUGCAAUCCCCCUCACGUACGCAGCCACAGAGGCCAUACGAGCACACGAACAAGCGCUGCUGCUUCAUCCCACAUCCCCGACAGAAGCUGCAGACAGAACAGCAACGGAACACACACAAUCAAGCUCGCAAGGUUCGAAAGCCCCCACCAUCCCUCAGGGCGCAAUCAGGCAUGCAAGGCUCCUCAUAGUGGCGCUCACAGCAGAUGUGGAUGAUGAGGUCACGCGGCGCUGCCGUGGCUUUGAUGGCGUUCUGCAGAAGCCUGUCGACCCGAAGCUGCUCUCGCAGCUGCUGCUGCGGCUUGGAUUGCCGAGGCUGUGCGCGCCGGGUCUAGGCCAGAGCAGUUCGUUCGCAUCUCCCAUUUGUUGA